CUGAGCUGCAAAGAGAGGAGGCUGGAGCUUCAGGGAUAAGGUUCUCACAAAUUCCCCAAACACAGAGCUACCACCAUAGACUGGCACACCAGAGGCAGAUCCCUAUACCAAGCAGUUAUUGGCUCUGCACAUCAGGAGGGCACAACCCUAUACCAAGCAGGACCUGCACCCUGAGAGUGAGUUAUUGGCUGUGCACAUCAGGAGGGCACAACCCUAUACCAAGCAGGACCUGCACCCUGAGUGUGAGUUAUUGGCUGUGCACAUUAGGAGGGCACAACCCUAUACCAAGCAGGACCUGCACCCUGAGAGUGAGUUAUUGGCUGUGCACAUCAGGAGGGCACAACCCUAUACCAAGCAGGACCUGCACCCUGAGAGUGAGUUAUUGGCUGUGCACAUCAGGAGGGCACAACCCUAUACCAAGCAGGACCUGCACCCUGAGACUGAGUUAUUGGCUGUGCACAUCAGGAGGGCACAACCCUAUACCAAGCAGGACCUGCACCCUGAGAGUGAGUUAUUGGCUGUGCACAUCAGGAGGGCACAACCCUAUACCAAGCAGGACCUGCACCCUGAGAGUGAGUUAUUGGCUGUGCACAUCAGGAGGGCACAACCCUAUACCAAGCAGGACCUGCACCCUGAGAGUGAGUUAUUGGCUCUGCACAUCAGGAGGAUGCACCCAGACAGGCGGAGAUGCCCCAGCACACUGCUCUUGGUAACCUUCCUGGUGGAGAUUGUCUUGGGGAGACACAAAGCACAAGGAACUGAUCUGACAGAUGCUGCUGAAUUACGACCUACCUCAUCAUGGAAUAUUUCAAGUGACAUAGACAAAGAUAUCUACUUGAUUUUAGAUGAACCUAUGAACAACAUUACAACAUCUCUGGGACAGACAGCGGAACUCCACUGUAAAGUAUCUGGGAACCCAUCUCCUACGAUACGAUGGUUAAAAAACGAUGCACCAGUUGUUCAGGAACCAAGGAGAAUAUCUUACCGUGCAACAAGUUACGGUUCUAGACUGCGAAUACGAAACCUCGACACAACAGACACUGGGUAUUUCCAAUGUGUGGCAACAAAUGGCAGGAAAACUGUGUCCACUACUGGGGUGCUGUUUGUCAAAUUUGGUCCCCCACCUACUGCCAGCCCAGGAACACUGGAUGAGUAUGAAGAGGACGGAUAUUGCCAGCCAUACAGAGGAAUCGCCUGUGCAAGGUUCAUUGGAAGCCGCACAAUUUAUAUGGAAUCAUUACAUAUGCAAGGGGAAAUAGAAAAUCAGAUAACAGCUGCCUUCACUAUGAUCGGUACUUCUAAUCAUCUGUCAGACAAGUGUUCCCAGUUUGCCAUCCCUUCUCUCUGCCACUACGCCUUCCCUUACUGCGACGAAACAUCACCAUCUCCCAAGCCUCGAGACCUGUGUAGGGAUGAGUGUGAAAUUCUGGAGAACGUCUUAUGUCAGACUGAGUACAUCUUUGCCAGGUCAAACCCCAUGAUUCUAAUGAGGUUAAAGCUGCCGAACUGUGAGGAUUUACCCCAGCCAGAUAGCCCAGAGGCCAGCAAAUGUAUUCGGAUCGGAAUUCCAAUGGAUGAGCCCAUAAAUAAAAAUCACAAGUGUUAUAACAACACUGGAGAAGAUUAUCGGGGCACAGUGAGUGCCACAAAAUCUGGACGGCAGUGCCAGCCAUGGAAUUCCCAGCACCCUCAUGUUCACACGUUCAAUGCCAUCCGUUAUCAAGAGCUUAAUGGCGGACAUUCCUACUGCAGAAAUCCCGGGAAUCAGAGAGAAGCCCCCUGGUGUUUUACCUUGGACGAAAACGUAGAGCAUGAGCUGUGUGACAUUCCAGCCUGCGACUCCAAGGAUUCUAAGGAAAAGAGCAAAAUGGAAAUCUUAUACAUUCUGGUGCCGAGCGUCACUAUUCCUCUGGCUAUAGCUUUACUAUUCUUCUUUAUUUGUAUCUGCCGGAAUAACCAGAAAGCUGCUUCUCCACCUGUGCAAAGGCAGCCCAAGCAUGUCAGAGGCCAGAACGUGGAAAUGUCUAUGCUAAACGCUUACAAACCAAAGAGCAAAGCCAAGGAACUACCUCUUUCUGCAGUAAGAUUUAUGGAAGAGCUCGGAGAAUGUACAUUUGGAAAAAUUUACAAAGGACAUCUUUACCUUCCAGGGAUGGAUCAUGCUCAGCUGGUUGCUAUCAAGACAUUAAAAGACUAUAGUAAUCCACAACUGUGGUCUGAGUUUCAGCAAGAAGCUUCGCUAAUGGCAGAAUUACAUCACCCGAAUAUUGUUUGCCUUCUAGGGAUGGUUACUCAAGAGCAACCAGUGUGCAUGCUUUUUGAGUUCAUGAACCAAGGUGACCUCCACGAGUUUUUAAUCAUGAGGUCUCCUCAUUCUGAUGUUGGUUGUAGUAGUGAUGAAGAUGGAACUGUUAAAUCUAGUCUUGAUCAUGGAGAUUUCUUGCACAUCGCUAUCCAGAUAGCUACAGGAAUGGAAUAUUUAUCGAGCCAUUUUUUUGUCCAUAAAGAUCUUGCAGCUCGGAACAUACUUGUUGGGGAACAGCUUCAUGUUAAAAUAUCUGACCUUGGACUUUCUAGGGAAAUUUACUCAGCAGACUAUUACCGAGUUCAAAAUAAAUCUCUUCUUCCAAUUCGAUGGAUGCCACCAGAAGCCAUAAUGUAUGGCAAAUUCUCCACUGACUCAGACAUCUGGUCCUAUGGGGUUGUACUUUGGGAAAUAUUCAGCUUUGGUCUUCAACCAUAUUAUGGUUUCAGUAAUCAAGAAGUAAUAGAAAUGGUUAGAAAAAGGCAGCUCUUGCCAUGUUCAGAAGAUUGCCCACCUAGAAUGUAUAGUUUAAUGACCGAAUGUUGGUCAGAUAUACCAUCAAGGCGACCCAGAUUCAAAGAAAUCCAUAUGAGACUACGUACAUGGGAAGGAUUAUCUAGUCACACAAGCUCUACUACACCAUCGGGUGGGAAUGCUACCACUCAAACAACGUCACUUAGUGCAAGCCCAGUUAGCAAUUUAAGUAAUCAAAGAUAUCCUAAUUUCCUUUUCUCAACACAAGCCAUGCCACAGGCUCAAAUUGCUGGUUUUAUAGGGGCACCCUUACCUCAAAACCAGAGAUUCAUUCCGAUUAAUGGGUAUCCCAUUCCACCAGGAUAUGCUGCUUUCCCAGCUGCACACUACCAGCCUCAAGGGCCACCAAGAGUAAUCCAACACUGUCCACCUCCAAAGAGUCGCUCACCGAGUAGUGCCAGUGGAUCAACUAGUACUGGUCAUGUGACCAGCUUGCCUUCCUCAGGAUCCAACCAGGAUGCAAAUAUCCCUUUACUAUCACAUAUGUCAAUUCAGAGCCACCCAGGCAGCAUAGCAGUACAAUCAUUUGGAAACAAGGCUAACAAACCCUACAAAAUGGACACAAAACAAUCAUCUUUAUUAGAGGACUCUGAUAUGCGUGGGCGUAAUGAAUCUAUGAUUUCAGCUGACUUGUAAAUUAGCAAUGCUUUUGUAAAUACUAAAUGCAGUAAAAGAUAAGACAUAAAAAGUUUUAUAUGAAAUAUUUUUUAUUGAACUGAGGACAUUCCAGAUGGUGAUCAAGACAUUUUUUACAAGUAUCUUCUGUGAAGUUAGAAUAUGUGCCUAAUUGAUGGACAACUAACAAGUUGUGUGGUGACCUAUCAAUUCACCAUUGUGGAUAUUUCAUAAUGUGGACAUGAAAAACAAAAUGUUUAAGAAAUUUCUGCAGAUACUGUGUAAUCCCGAAGCAAAGAUUGUUGUCACACAUUGUGGUAUAAUUACUGAACUGGGGGCCAAUCACAAUCCUUUAAAAAAUCUAAUUAUUAUCAAAUGAUUUAUCCACAGAAAACCCCAUAGGCAUGAUCACAAUCAGACUUUACAUGUGUAAGGCCUAUUUCUACUGAUCCCAAUCAAAAUUGUUUACAAUUAAUAUGUACACUUUUUUCAUCCAUUUUUGAUGUUUCAAAUUCAACAGCAAAGAUUAGUUGAUAAAGCCCCUGACAGCAGAGCUACUACCUAUUUAAUAAAGUCAAUUUAAAAAUGAUCAAUAAGCACUUUUACACUAAUAAAAAGUAGCAAAAACAUAGACACAACAAUGUUCAUGCCCACUGUAACUAUAAUACCCCUGUUCUAAUCCCAGAGAGAGACUUAUACUCAUAUUUCUAUGUUUUAGUAACAUAAGAUACCAACAUAUAUUAACAAUAGAUUAAUAAUGGAUACUAAUUGUAAUUUCUAUAUAUUUUCCGGAGUUUUAAACUUUUCAAAUAAAGGUUAUAUUCAACAUUGGCAGUUUCUGAUUGUGAUCACUUCAAAAGCAUGCUGACUAUUUUUACUGAUAUUUACAAAGCAAUUCAAGAUUGUGAUUGACCCCUUAGUGUUUGCUAUUCAUUUAUAGUAUCAGUCACUUGCACAGAUUUUUCAUAGUAGCAUUUUCAAUUUAAUACAUCACUAGACCUUUUAAUCUCAGUUCUAUCAAAGAAUACUACUGACCUGAGACCCUUCAGACAGUCCCUAUAUUUGGCCUCCUUAAAUUGAUCAUCAUUGAUAAGUUUUUUUAGUAUCAUAAAUGUUUUUAAGAGCCAUAUUAACUUGAACUAUUUUGAUCAAUAUGAAUAGAUGUCUCCUGGUAUUCUGGAAACCUUGGUAUUGUUUCAGCAUUAGAUUUAAACCUGCUGUCCAAUGGCUUCUCUUACAGGGAUGGUAAUUGGUAAAUCUUAACAUUUCAAAAACGAUGUGCCACUUAUGUUAGCAGUGAAGCCACAGUUAAAUAAAGCUACCUUCUACACAGUUUUUUUUUAAACUCAUGGAUGAAGGUCACCUUUAUUUUUAAUGCUGGUAAAUCCUAGUGUUAUUGAAAGGAAAGGAUUUACCAUCACUUUAUUGGAACAAUCUCAUAUAAAAAAUAAAAUUCUGUGUUUCAUUAAAGAUUUUUAUUUUUAAACAAAUUACUUUAUUUUACUAUGUUUUUAACUAUACAACAUCUUUGUUGUACUCUGUGUCACUCCAUAUGAGGAUCCAGCUGAUGAGCCAAUCAGGAGCAGACAUACAUGUGUAUGCCCCAGUCACUGGUUGUAUCCCUAUAUGGAACAGAAUGGGGUAGUUCCAGGAGUACAAAGCCUUCAGAAGGUGUUAAAGGCGUAGUAAAAUAGCAAUGUUCUAAUGAAAAAGGUAUCUUCUUUUUUACAUAGAGAUGUUCAGGUUAUAAUUUCUUGUCAAAUUAUUAAAUCCCUUUAAACUCAAACUCACAGCGUAUUUGAACGUAUAUUAAUAUUUAAGCUCUUCACAGUACAAGGUACUUAUUUAUCUGUUAUAUGCAGACUCAGAACUAGUGGUCUAGACCUAUGUAAUUUCAUCUAAUGCCCGUUAUAAACCAGUAUUGUGCCUUUCUCCUGCCUUAAAGUUUGGAUACAUUUAUAAAAUCCACACAAAGCUGUAUUGAUAUCAGUUAGCACAAUCAUAUAAUCUGUUUCUAUCAUGUCCUAAAAUAUUACAAAAUAUUUUUUUGCAUGAAACUUUUCAUAUGGUAUCCUUUAGUACUGGGUUAUUGGAUAAGCUCUGCUCUAUACCGUCAGCCUCCAUAUCUUGGUAUCCUUUAGCAUAGGGUUAUUGGAUAAGCUCUGCUCUAUACCCUCAGCUGGCCCUCUAUAUCUUGGUAUCCUUUAGCAUAGGGUUAUUGGAUAAGCUCUGCUCUAUACCCUCAGCUGGCCCUCUAUAUAUUGUUAUCCUUUAGUACUGGGUUAUUGGAUAAGCUCUGCUCUAUACCGUCAGCCUCCAUAUCUUGGUAUCCUUUAGCAUAGGGUUAUUGGAUAAGCUCUGCUCUAUACCCUCAGCUGGCCCUCUAUAUAUUGUUAUCCUUUAGCAUAGGGUUAUUGGAUAAGCUCUGCUCUAUACCCUCAGCUGGCCCUCUAUAUCUUGGUACCCUUUAGCAUAGGGUUAUUGGAUAAGCUCUGCUCUAUACCCUCAGCUGGCCCUCUAUAUCUUGGUAUCCUUUAGUAUUGGGUUAUUGGAUAAGCUGUGCUCUAUACCCUCAGCUGGCCCUCUAUAUCUUGGUAUCCUUUAGCAUAGGGUUAUUGGAUAAGCUCUGCUCUAUACCCUCGGCUGGCCCUCUAUAUCUUGGUAUCCUUUAGUAUUGGGUUAUUGGAUAAGCUGUGCUCUAUAUCUUCAGCCUCUAUAUCUUUGUAUCCUUUAGCAUAGGGUUAUUGGAUAAGCUCUGCUCUAUACCGUAAGCCUCUAUAUCUUUGUAUCCUUUAGCAUAGGGUUAUUGGAUAAGCUCUGCUCUAUACCGUCAGCCUCCAUAUCUUGGUAUCCUUUAGCAUAGGGUUAUUGGAUAAGCUCUGCUCUAUACCCUCAGCUGGCCCUCUAUAUCUUGGUAUCCUUUAGCAUAGGGUUAUUGGAUAAGCUCUGCUCUAUACCCUCAGCUGGCCCUCUAUAUCUUGGUAUCCUUUAGCAUUGGGUUAUUGGAUAAGCUCUACUCUAUGCCGUCAGCCUCUAUAUCUUUGUAUCCUUUAGCAUAGGGUUAUUGGAUAAGCUCUGCUCUAUACCUUCAGCCUCUAUAUCUUGGUAUCCUUUAGCAUAGGGUUAUUGGAUAAGUUCUGCUCUAUACCGUCAGCCUCUAUAUCUUGGUAUCCUUUAGUACUGGGUUAUUGGAUAAGUUCUGCUCUAUACUGUCAGCCUCUAUAUCUUGGUAUCCUUUAGCAUAGGGUUAUUGGAUAAGCUCUGCUCUAUACCGUCAGCCUCUAUAUCUUGGUAUCCUUUUGCAUAGGGUUAUUGGAAAAGCUCUGUUCUAUACCGUCAGCCUCUAUAUCUUGGUAUCCUUUAGCAUAGGGUUAUUGGAUAAGCUCUGCUCUAUACCGUCAGCCUCUAUAUCUUGGUAUCCUUUAGCAUAGGGUUAUUGGAAAUGCUCUGUUCUAUACCGUCAGCCUCUAUAUAUUGGUAUCCUUUAGUAUAGGGUUAUUGGAUAAGCUCUGUUCUAUACCGUCAGCCUCUAUAUCCUUGUAUCCUUUAGCAUAGAGUUAUUGGAUAAGCUCUGCUCUAUACUGUCAGCCUCUAUAUCUUUGUAUCCUUUAGCAUAGGGUUAUUGGAUAAGCUCUGCUCUAUACCGUCAGCCUCUAUAUCCUUGUAUCCUUUAGCAUAGAGUUAUUGGAUAAGCUCUGCUCUAUACCGUCAGCCUCUAUAUCUUUGUAUCCUUUAGUAUUGGGUUAUUGGAUAAGCUCUGCUCUAUACCCUCAGCUGGCCCUCUAUAUAUUGGUAUCUUUUAGUAUAGGGUUAUUGGAUAAGCUUUGCUCUAUACUGUCAGCCUCUAUAUCUUUGUAUCCUUUAGCAUAGGGUUAUUUGAUAAGCGCUGCUCUAUACCGUCAGCCUCUAUAUCUUGGUAUCGGGUUAUUGGAUAAGCUCUGCUCUAUACCGUCAGCCUCUAUAUCUUAGUAUCCUUUAACAUAGGGUUAUUGGAUAAGCUCUGCUCUAUACCGUCAGCCUCUAUAUCUUGGUAUCCUUUAGUACUGGGUUAUUGGAUAAGCUCUGCUCUAUACCGUCAGCCUCUAUAUCUUUGUAUCCUUUAGCAUAGGGUUAUUGGAUAAGCUCUGCUCUAUACCGUCAGCCUCUAUAUCUUGGUAUCCUUUAGUAUUGGGCUAUUGGAUAAGCUGUGCUCUAUACCGUCAGCCUUUAUAUCUUGGUAUCAUUUAGCAUAGGUUUAUUGGAUAAGCUCUGCUCUAUACCGUCAGCCUCUAUAUCUUGGUAUCCUUUAGCAUAGGGUUAUUGGAUACGCUCUGCUCUAUACCAUCAGCCUCUAUAUCUUGGUAUCCUUUAGUAUAGGGUUAUUGGAUAAGCUCUGCUUUAUACCAUCAGCCUCUAUAUCUUUGUAUCCUUUAGCAUACAGCCUCUGUAUCUUGGUAUCCUUUAGUAUAGGGUUAUUGGAUAAGCUCUGCUCUAUACCUUCAGCCUCUAUAUCUUGGUAUACUUUAGUACUGGGUUAUUGGAUAAGCUCUGUUCUAUACCGUCAGCCUCUAUAUCUUGGUAUCCUUUAGCAUAGGGUUAUUGGAUAAGCUCUGUUCUAUACCAUCAGCCUCUAUAUCUUGGUAUCCUUUAGUAUAGGGUUAUUGGAUAUGCUCUGCUCUAUACCUUCAGCCUCUAUAUCUUGGUAUCCUUUAGCAUAGGGUUAUUGGAUAAGCUCUGCUCUAUACCAUCAGCCUCUAUAUCUUGGUAUCCUUUAGUAUAGGGUUAUUGGAUAAGCUCUGCUCUAUACUGUCAGCCUCUAUAUCUUGGUAUCCUUUAGCAUAGGGUUAUUGGAUAAGCUCUGCUCUAUACCAUCAGCCUCUAUAUCUUGGUAUCCUUUAGUAUAGGGUUAUUGGAUAAGCUCUGUUCUAUAGCAUCAGCCUCUAUAUCUUGGUAUCCUUUAGUACUGGGUUAUUGGAUAAGCUCUGUUCUAUACCGUCAGCCUCUAUAUCUUUGUGUCCUUUAGCAUAGGGUUAUUGGAUAAGCUCUGCUCUAUACCGUCAGCCUCUAUAUCUUGGUAUCCUUUAGCAUAGGGUUAUUGGAUAAGCUCUGCUCUAUACCUUCAGCCUCUAUAUCUUGGUAUCCUUUAGUGUACAGCCUUUACUGCUUUUUGAUUGGAUACACCAAGUUAAACUGAUUUAUCAUUUUAAAUACUUCUUGUGCUUUGUUUUAAAGCAUGCACAGAAGGCAGGAAAUGUAGUAGUUUGUAAUUUAUUCAAAGUGUUCUUGGUUACCCUCCUGUACAGCUGCAUUUCAGUGUUUGUCAAGCAGCCAAUCAGUUGUGUCGGGACACAUCCAGUCUCCACAUGAUAUUGUAACAUGCAAACAGAUCAUGUGACACAAGGGUUGGGAAUCAUAAAACAUUUAAAGAGAGAUUGCAGUUAACAUUUAACUGGCUGAUACUGACAAUUGCCACAACACUAUUGGUGGAUAGAAACACACCUCAGAUAGCCUGACUGUAAAACAUCAGUUUCUUUUUAUAUUUCAUGUUUUAUGGGCAUGAUGUACUCUUUAGAUCUCAAGUUCUGUUGAACAAAUAUUAACUUCAUUAUACACACAAUGUCAUUUUAAACUCAUAAAUAAUAAAAUGAGUAGUUUAAUAGCUUGUAUCAUUUGUUGCUAUGCAACUUUAUUCUAAUUAUGCCCAAUAAUAGUAUAUUCCUAUAUGACAAUCAUUAUUUCUAUUUAUUUUGUAUUGCGGUAGGUUUGCUGACAACAUUGGUUAGUUUCAAAUCAUUAUUAAAGAAAUAUUUUUAAGCAGCAAGUAGAAAAGAGCUCUGAGCAAAUAUUUUUUUGGUCACUGUGGAUAACUGAGUGUGUAAAAUGAAUUAUGUAUAAAAAAUAUUAUAACAACUUUGUGGGUGGAAUUACUUGGAUGAAUUCUACAUUAAUCUUGCACAUAUUCAACGUGGAACCCCAUUGAGGAAAAACAUUCAUGAAAAAUUGUAGCAACUUGCUCUACUGAUGUCUUUCAUUAAAAAAAAAUUGUGAAUAAUGCAAACCAUUGACUUUUAAACAAAACAUGGACUGUUCAUUUUGAAACCACUUUAACAUUUUACAUCAAUACUUUUAUUUUUAUCACACUGUCAUUAUUUUGUAUUUAAAUUGUUAUUGUUUUUUUGUGUAAUUAUAAAGAAAAAAAAAUCAAAACGUCUGUUUCUAGAAUGGCAUUUUUGUACUAUGAGUUUAUUUUGCACAAAAGUGUUAUGGUUUUAUAUGGCAGAAUUGAAAAUACAUCUCUGCAACUUA